AACGGGUGAAGCGUCCUUGGAGAUGCUGUAACUUUCUCAUCUUCCUCCCCUCUUCGCACAAAAUGUCUGUGUUUAACAACUGACAACUAAUCGGUAUCACCACAGAGGCUAAUGAGAAAACGAUUAAAAGUUCGGAAGUAACCAUGACUGCAGCUGCUCUCAUAGGAGACCAGCUGAUCCUUGAGGAGGACUAUGAUGAAACCUAUAUACCCUCUGAACAAGAGAUCCAAGAGUACGCAAGAGAGAUUGGCAUUGAUCCCGACCACGAGCCGGAGCUCCUGUGGCUGGCCAGGGAAGGCAUCGUUGCCCCUCUGCCUCCCGAGUGGAAGCCUUGCCAGGAUGUAACGGGGGACAUCUACUAUUUCAACUUCUCCUCGGGCCAGUCCACCUGGGAUCACCCCUGCGAUGAGCACUACCGCCGCCUGGUGACACAGGAGCGUGAGCGCGCCCAGGUCACUGCCGCUGCAGGAGGCACAGGGGCGAAGAAGGACAAGGACAAGAAGAAGAAGAAAGAAAAGAAGGAGAAGAAAGAGAAAAAGAAGAAGGAGCCACUCAAGACUCCUGGGGCGCUGAGUUCAGCCCUGGGACCCCUACCAUCCCCACUGGGCAGCCUGGCUCCUCUGAGAGGUCUGGAUGCCCCUGGCCCGCUGCCUGGUUCUGCGCCUGCUCUCCGGCGGUCGCUCGGCAGCUCAGGGGGACUGGAGCCCCUGAAGACAUCCCUUGGGGGCCCUCGGAGCAGUGGAACAUCUAGUGUUCUGGGCAGCAGGCAGGAGGAGAGGGUGUCUCUCACUCUGCCUGGCUUUGGAGAUGACGAUGAUGAUGACGAUGACGAUGAGAAGAUAUCCGAAAACGAGCCAAGUCCUCGUGGUUCAGACCGACUAUUAAAAAAUCUUCAUCUGGACUUGGAUGCGCUUGGAGGAGGCCUACAGUAUGAGGACAGUGAGGCCAGUGGUGGAGCUCCAGCUGAGGAGAGGACAGAGCCAGAGUUGCAGGACUUGGCUCUAUCCACAGGGCCAACAGACCACAGCCCUGAACCACCAUCCCAACAGGAGUCUGAGGCCAGUGAGAACAUAGAGGAAGCUUCAUCCUCUAUAGAUGUCAAGCUGUCGGAGAAGGUUCUGGAUAUCAACGACCUGUCCGGCACUGUCACUCCACUUGAGAGAGACGACAAAGAGGAAACAAAAGAGGAAGAGGGGGCAAAAACAAAGAAGGCAGAAGCUCCCAAGAGGCAUUCACAGGCUGCUGGCAAAGACAACCCUCCAACUCCGAAAGUUGACCGACUCGUCCUCCACCAGUCCAGCCCUUCGCCCUCCCUCUUUAGCCUCUCCCACUCAGAACAAGACAUCGGGCUCCAUCCAAAAACUGAGAGCCUUGGCACGUCUCUGGGUCUACAAAGGCCUGAGACCUCCAGAGGUCGGCUGGUCCGUUCCUCCAACACCCAACUUGAGGACGCUGAACCUCCCUCAAAAAUCCAAGAGAGCCUCCUGGACGAUGAAACAAGCUGGAGAAUAAGUAAAGACAGAGAGAAGGAAGAAGAGGAGGAGGAGGAGGAGAGGGAGAGGAGGAAGGCUGAUAGAGAGGUGGAGGAGGAGAGGGAGCAUAUGAUGGAGAAGGAGAAGAGAAUGCGUCUCCUCCAGGAGGAGCUGAGGAGGGAAGAGGAGGAGAGGAAGAGGGAGAGGAGGAAGGCUGAUAGAGAGGUGGAGGAGGAGAGGGAGCAUAUGAUGAAGGAGAAGGAGAAGAGAAUGCAUCUCCUCCAGGAGGAGCUGAGGAGGGAAGAGGAGGAGGAGGAGAGGAAGCUGAAGGAGGAAAGUGAGGAAAGACUGAGGGCUCUGAGACAGCGCCUGCUGUCUAAGAGGAGAGAGGAGGAGGCCAGGCUGAAUGAGGAGUCUGAUAGGAUGCUGGAGGAGCUCAGAGAGUCUGCUCAGGAGGAGAGGGAGAGGCAGCAGCACAAACUCAGGGAGGAGAGCGAGGUCACGCUGAAGGAGUUACGUGUCACUCUAGAGAAAGAGCGAGAAGCGGAGCGCGACAGACUGGAGGCCCAGAAGAGGCAGGACAGUGAACGUCUGAAGGCGGAGUCAGAAGAAGAGAUGCAGGCGGAGAAGAGGAGACUCCAGGAGGAGAGGGAGGAGAAGCUGAACUCCCUGAGACAUGAGGUUAAAUUUACAGAGAGGAGGAGGGACCCCAUGAGCCCACGACCUGAACAGCAACUAGCAGAGUACCACCGAGAGCUGGCUGAUGUUCUUCAAGAAGUGCGGGAGGAAGUGCAGCGUGAUCAUGAGAGGAAGCUGGAGCAGCUGAGGGAGGACCACAGGAGAGAGAUGAACAGCAUCAGAGAGAAAUACCUGGAUGAGGAGACUGACCAGAGGGCGCGCUUGCUUUCUUCUCUGCAGGAGGACAGAGAGCAUCUCCAGGCCUCACAUGCUGUCCAACUGGAGAAACUCCGCUUGCAGCUCAACACGCAGAUACAAAAGACACAGCUGACACACUCACGCAAGGAGUCAGAACUGGAGGAUCUGGCAAAUCAGAUGGAGCUGAGAGCCAAAGAACUAAAGAGUCAGGAGGCCAUGCUUCAGAACAAGGCAGCAGAUCUGAAGAGAAGGAGGAAGAAGCUUGGGGAGGAAGAGGAUGAAGUGGACAGACAGAUCGAGGCCUUACCCCGACUGAUCCAGGAGAGAGAUCUGCUGAAGGAGGAGCUGGAGAGGAUGAGAGAGGAGAAACAUCAAGCCAGGGAACUUCUCCAGAGAGCCAGGCAGGACAGGAGUGAGGGCAAGGAAGCGGAGGAGAGGCUGAGGGAGGAGAGAGACAAAGCCAGGGAAGAGUGCAGGAGGGCCAAGGAGAGCAAGGAGCGACUGGAGAGCAAGGUGGUGCUGCUGCAGGAGAGAUGCGACCGUCUCAGUCAAAGAGUCAGUGAGCUGGAACAAGGUGAAGGGGGGAGCGCCUGCCCCGUACCAGAAUUUAAACUGGACAAAAAGAAGGCAGAUAAAGCAGAGGCGACUGCGCCCUCCAGUGACAUGAGAGACUCAUCGCUACUUGUAGAAGACCUGGACGACCCGCCACUCUCCCCUGUGCCUGACAGCCAAAGCAGCAUGGAAGAGUUCAGACGCUACAUCUCCUCACAUGGUGCAUCCAUCCAAAAAACCAAAGUCUUCCUGGAGAGAGAAAGCAGCCGGCUGAUGCAGAGACAGGCAGCUCUGCAGGCGGCCCAGACCAGCUCCUCCCAGGACCCCAACCAGGAAGGAGGGGUGACUGAGGAGAUGAUUAGGAACCUCCAACAGGAGGCCAGAAAUGUGGUGGAGCUGCACCGGACGGUUCAGAGGGGAAACACUCUCCUGAGGAGGAAAGAGGAGCAACUCCAGCAGCUAGAGAGCUCUAUAGCUGAAGAGCCGCUGUAUCAGGAUCUGUCUCGGCUGGGAGGAGAGAGAAAGGUGACCUUUGAUGUGACUGAAUCUGACCUCAGCAGCACUGUGGACCCACCGGACGGGACAGGAGGUCACCCCACAGUCCCGGACAAAGUCCAGGAGUUAGCAGAGUCCCUGCAGCAGAUCUCAGGCCAGCUCAACACCGUGCUGAGUGCAUUGGGUUCACUGGCCCAGAGGCAGAGCGCCACACCUUAUACAGCCUUCCCUCCACCUCUGUCUCUGUCUCAACCUCACUCAUCUCCAGCUCCCAUGUCCGCCACCUCCACCUCUGCCUCAGUCUUGCCACAGAUGCACACCCUGGGCCCCAGCUCCUCAGCCACACCUCCUCCAGUCAGGCUCUCAGAGCCGUCCUGGAACUGGGCGACCCAAGGCACCUCCGCUGCCACCCCUCUCUUCAGCACCCCCAUCAGCAGUGGGCUGAGGCCGUCUGAGGACCUCAUCAACAGCAGAUUUAGCCAGAUAUUCCCCAGAGCCGCUAUGGACCCACUCACCAUGGGGACGACCUCCGCAUACUCGUCAUACACUCCUGCUAGUGAACAUGGUCGUAGCAUGCGGUCUGUGCAGAGGUCAGCGGAGGUAGACGGCCAGAGGCUGCAGGGGCUGAUUGACGGCAACAAGAGGUGGCUGGAGAUGCGCAAGAAAGACACCAGCAUACCUCUGUUCACCCGCUAUCGGGCCCCUUCAACAAAGAGCGGCCUGGUCCAGCUGGGCCUGGACGAUAACAACCAGAUCAGAGUCUACCAUUACUGAAGACAUGACAUGCAGUCCAGUCCUGCUGCCCUGUGCCUGUCACUGAGGACUUUGGAGCAUUAACGGCUGUGUCAUGUCAGCAUUGCAACGUUUACACACAGGGGCGUCAUGUGAGCGCCCCGUGCCCUCUUUGACUCAUUCCUUUUUCGCAGACUUUCAGUGCAAAGGCUUUCAGGUAAAGUCUGACCUCCGCUGCUGUGAUUGGAGAAAGAGGUGACUGCAGACGACAUGGAAAUUCAGGGAGCAAACAUGUCACAGAGGGACUUUUAUCCUCCAACGUGAGAUACAGCUGUGAGCAACACCAGACUUCUUUGAAAGCACUUGUGUCACGUUUACACUUGGGCCAAGGCCGUAUGUUUUAAAUGGUUACAUUUAUUUUAAUGUCAGAUGGGAAGUUCAAGACAAUUAGAGACGAAGAUGAAGAUUUAUUUAUUUCACUUCCUGUACUUGCUUUACUGAAAACAUCCCAGACACCAUCCGACUCAUCUUCGUGUUGUGAACCCGUUUGCUGCUGCAGCCAGGACGUAACACUUAAAAAAAGUUGUGCUUUGCAGGUGCACAGAGGUCAAAGUUCAUUUCACAACUUUUGUAUUUAUGACUCUGCUUUUCUAAGUGACUUGUGUGUGAACAAUUUUUAAAUAAUUUUCUUAGUUUUUGUUGUGUAAGCCUGUCAGAACUGAACCUAAUCCACUUUUAUUUUCCAUAUUCCACAGCAGUGACAGUGAGCCGUUGAUUAGUGUAAACCUCAACACAUGCAGGCAGAGACACAAAUGUAUUUUGUGCAUACAUAUAUAUUUGUGUAAAUAAAUACUGUAUUUUUCUAUAACAUAUUUUAAUAAAUAUAAUUUUAUAUUUUA